GGAUAACGCGGGGCGCAGAAGCGGUGGCCCCAGAUAGGCAGGUUCCCACGCUGGGAGCCUGCCUGUCUGGGAUGAGCAGCGCUGGGGCUUUCUCUGUGCAGCUGAGAGACCAAGCGCCUGCAGCGAAAAUUCAGCACGUGGUAUUGGAAACAGCCCGGCCUAAUGGUUAGAGCACAAGCCCCAGGACUGAGUUCUAGCCCGGGCUCUGCCCCUGACUCACUGCCAGACCUGGGCCAGGUCACCGCCCUGCUCCGUGCUUCAGUUUCCCCAUCGAUCUCCCGGGGAAGGGCCAGGAGAUCCCCCCCCCUGCUGUGAAGCACUGGGAGAGCUGGAAAUAUCGAACAGGGAGGGCAAGCGGCCGAUGCAGGAGGCCACACUCCAUGAUCACAAUGGUCCCUGCUGGGCUGGGACCCUGGCUGGGGCUCGCUGGGCUCCCUGGUCUAGUUUGUCCCGUUCCCCGCUGGAAAGAGCAGAAAGCCGGGCCAGGAGGGAGAGGCCAGAGCCAGUCUGCAUUGGAGACAGCGCUGCGGGGAUCUCCUCCAGCAGGACAGGCACCGGCUGGUGCUGAGGUCUCUGGUACGUCGAGACAUCAUGAUCAAGGCUUCGAUGAGCUCUGGGAAGGUGACUCUCUUCCACCAGGAUCCACGGAGUGGGGUCACCUAUCGGAUCCCCGCGCUGCUGUAUAUCCCCACAGACACGCUCCUGGCGUUCGCAGAGAAGCGCUCCUCUGCCAGGGACGAGGACGCUGAGUACCUGGUGCUGAGACGAGGUCGGAAGACAGGGACUUCGGUCGAGUGGGGGCCCAGUGAGCCCUUGAGGAGCGCAGAGUUACCGGGUCACCGCACGAUGAACCCCUGCCCGGUGUACGAGCGGAAGAGUCAAACUGUUUUCCUGUUCUUCAUCUGCGUGAGGAAGCACGUCACAGAGCAAUGGCAGAUCCACUCCGGGAAGAACGCCGCCCGGCUGUGCUAUGUCUGCAGCGGAGAUGCCGGCCAGACCUGGAGCUCGUUGACAGACUUGACGGAGCAGGUGAUUGGGGAAGACUUGAAGGACUGGGCCACGUUUGCGGUGGGGCCGGGGCACGGGGUGCAGCUCAGCUCCGGGCGGCUGGUGAUUCCAGCUUACACCUUCCACAUUACCGCUCGCUGCUGCCGCCUGCCACUGCCCUGCUGGACCCUGCCCCGGGCCUUGGUCUUUUAUAGUGACGACGGCGGGCAGCGCUGGCACAAGGGUGAGCUGAUUAAAGGCAUGAAGACGGGGGAGUGCCAGGUGGCCGAGGUGGUGUGCCAGGCCUGUGACCCCGUGUUGUACUGCAAUGCCCGCACCCCCUGCCGGUGCCGGGCAGCGGCGCUCAGCACAGACCAGGGGCUGACAUUCGAGAGCCCCUCCUCAUGCAAGAAGCUGUGCGAGCCGCCACACGGCUGCCAGGGCAGCGUGGUGAGCUUCACGCCGACAGCAGGGCUUCUAGAGGCCGAUGGCGUGGAAGGGCCAGAUGCCCCAGCCUCCAAGACGACCUGCCCAUUGAACGGUGGGAACGCCCCCUCCGCCAUCUGCAGAAACACCGUGUCGUGGCUGCUUUAUUCCCACCCAAUGAGUAAACACAAGCGGGUCAAUCUGGGCAUCUACCUCAACCGGUCCCCAUUGAACGAGGCCAAGUGGGGACACCCCUGGCUCCUGUACAAAGGGCCGUGCGGUUACUCAGACCUGGCAGUGUGCCAGGAGGCGUCAGCGCCGCUCUUGUUUGGCUGCCUGUUUGAGUGCGGGGUGAAUCAUGCGUGUGAGGAGAUCGCCUUCCAGCUCUUCUGCUUUGAGGAUCCUCAGAGCUAAAAUCCGACUAGCAGUGUCCUCCGGGGGAGUAAGCACCCCCUCCCCUGGAGAUUCUCCCGCCCAUGAGGCCUGGGCUUCCGAAAGCAGCCUCUUCUUUUGGGUGUCUCUUCUUUGGGGUCCGGGACUUCCUACAGCCUGGUUUGCAGAAGACUUCCUAGGGCAGGGGUAGGCAAACUACGGCCCGUGGGCUGGGUUCGGCCCACAAGCCGUUUAAGACAGGCCACAAACUCCCACUGGGGAGCGGGGUCCGGGGAUUGCCCCAGUCUGGUGGUCCAGUCGGGGUGCCAGGUCGGGGGCCGCACCAUGCGGGAGCCGUAGCAUGGCCCCGCUCCGGGGUACAUGAUCGGGGACCGCACCACGUGGCUCCCAGAAGCAGCCGCAUCGUCCCGCUCCGAGGGUCGGGGGUCCCUCCACGCGUAGAAGCUGGAGAAGGGACAUGCCACUGCUUCCGGGAGCUGCUUGAGGUAAGCGCCACUCGGAGCCUGCACCCCUGAACCCCUCCCCAUGCCCAACCCCCUGCCCCAGCCCUGAUCCCCCUCCCGCUCU